UGACUUUUGACUUAGGCUAUGCAUUAUACACGUGCUCCAGAAGCUGAAGGGAACUACGUUGAUUUCAGACACAACUACUCGACUGAAAAAUAUGAAGAUGACAACUUGGAUAGUGUUCUGUGUCUGUUUCAUAAUACUGCUCGGUAUUGCCCAAGCUACUGUGCCAAGCAAUACUUCCGGCACGAUGCUACUGAUCCGUUUGCUGGGGCUCGAAGCGUUGUAGUUGGAAAAAGCACAUCGAACCAGCGCAUUGAGAGGUGGUGGGGUACAUUACGACAAAAUGGAAUACAUUGGUGGAUUAACUUUUUCAAAGACUUACGCGAUACAGGGACGUUUAAUGAGCUGGACGCAAUACAAUGUGAGAACUUAAAAUUUCGCUUUAUGGAUCUCAUACAAACCGAGUAA